AUGCCUGAGGAUUUAGACAAGAAAUCAUUAGAAGGGGAAAACACUCGAGUGAUCUUUGUUAAGCGACCGGAUAAUGGGCCUAUCAACCCUAGCGAAAUAUUUAAAAUCGUCAAAACGUCCAUCCCUACGGAAGAAGAUAUUCCGCAUGACCACGUUCUGGUCAAAGUGCUUUAUUUAUCAUUGGAUCCUGCAAUGCGUGGUUGGAUGAACGACAGAAGAAGUUAUAUAAAGCCAGUAGGCUUAAAUGAAGUUAUGCGUGGGGUCACUGUUGGUGAAGUCAUCAUCUCCAAGAAUCCAAACUUUCAACCAGGAGAUAAAGUGCAGGGGAGUCAAGGAUGGCAGACUUAUGCUGUUGCAAAUGGGAAAGAUAUUAUUAAACUAAAUCCGCCUCCCGGAGCAUCUCUUAGUGACUACAUUGGCCUCUUUGGUAUAACGGGGUUGACUGCAUACUUUGGAUUAUUGGAUAUUGGUAAACCUGUUGCCGGUGAAACUGUUGUCAUAUCUGGGGCUGCGGGGGCAACAGGCAGUGUAGCAGGUCAAAUAGCAAAAAUCAAGGGAUGUCGUGUAAUAGGGACAGCCGGUACACGAGAAAAGUGUGAAUUUCUUGAAAAAGAGUUGGGCUUUGACGUAGCGUUAAAUUAUCGUGAUCCCGACUUUGCUGAAAAACUGAAAGCGGCCACUCCGAACUACAUAAACGUCUUUUUUGACAAUGUCGGAGGCGAUAUUCUGGACCUCUGUCUAGCCCGUAUAGCCACUAAGGCACGCAUUGUAUUGUGUGGUGCCAUCAGCCAGUAUAACGAAAAGAAACCAAAAGGACCGGCGUUUUACACUGCAUUGAUUAUUCAGCGGGCCAGGAUGGAAGGUUUUAUCGUAAUGGACUAUCAAGAUAGAUGGCCCGAAGCACGUCGUGAUCUGGUUGAAUGGUUUAAAGAAGGAAAGCUCAAACGACGGGAACACGUGAUUAUGGGUUUGGAGAAUGCGCCGGACGGACUGUUGCAGCUGUUCGCUGGUAAAAAUACUGGAAAGAUGGUUGUCAAAGUUGCUGAGCCAAGUACAAUGAGCAAAAUGUGA